GUGCGCAGGACACCGCCCUCACCCAGCCCCGGCGCGCCCACUCGGCCCCUGGCAUUUUCCCGCGCUGCGUGGGAGCACCGCCCCUGAUAUCUCCCCUCGCCUAUCCCGCGCCUUGCGGUCCGCGAGCCCCGCCUCUGCCCUCGCGCCCGGCCUAUCCCGCGCGGCGCUGAAUGCGAGCCCUGCCCGCUCCCCGCGCGGGGGUUGGCGCUCGUCUGAGACGUCACCAGCGCGGCGAGGCGGACGCGGAGUUUCCCUUGGCCCGCGGCGAUGCCCAAGCGGGGCAGCCCCUUCGGGGACGCGGCCCCGCUGCAGCUGAAGGUUCGCGUGGGCUGGAAGGAGCUGGGGCGCGGCGUGUGCGCCGAGCGUUACUCGCGGGAGAUCUUCGAGAGGACCAGACAGCUCCUCUUUCGAGGGGCCCAGGCCUACAUGCACCACGCCUGGGAGGAGAGCUGCGCCGUCGUUGACCUGCCGGAGUCCCCGAAGCCUGGCCCCGUGGAGGCCCCUCGGGCCGCACGUGGGCAGAUGCUGAUCGGACCAGACGGACGGCUGACCAGGAGGGGAGCCCAGGCCUGCGAAGCCGACGUGUCCGGGGCGGCGUCCAGAGCCUGCUCCUCGUGCGUUCGAGCCGCGGACGGGACAGUGGUGUGCGCCCAGUGUGAGCGCGCCUUGUGCGGGCGCUGCGUGCGCACCUGCAGGGGCUGCGGGGCGGCGGCCUGCGCCCUGUGCGCCCUCCUGGACUGCGGUGACGCCCACGAGGAGGUGCUCUGUGCCGGCUGCGCGGUGUUCGAAGCCUGAGGGCCGGAGGGGCCGCCGUGCCUGGACAGCCUCACUGGUGCCUGCGCAGAGGGGGGGCUUGCUUUUUGAUAUUUGUGCUCCUAGAGACAGACUGAAUAAAUCCUGUAUAUUUGGGUAA